CCGUCUUGUGGAGUAACUGCAAAUAAUUAUGGUGUAUUAUACGUUUUUUGGUGGCGAAUAAAUUCGGAAAAUUCGUAAAAAGUGAUGAAUUUUGUUAAAGUACUUGCAGAUUUUUGUGUUGAAACAAUUUGCCUGUUGAAAACAAGAUAGUAAAAAUAAUAUUCAAAAUGGCGGACCCACAAGCCCAAACAUAUGAAUACCAAUGGGCUUACAGUAUAAUGGACUCUAGUAGAGUGUCGACGUUUUUGAUUUCCAUGCUUUUAAUUGUAUACGGGUCGUUCCGCAGUCUUAAUAUGGAGCAAGAGGCUAGAGAUAGAGCUAAUGGAAGCACCAAUUGUCUAUUAAAUCCCUCACAAACUGUACAGUCGGAAAAUAACGUUCAAACUUUGGAUACCAUGCAAGCUCUAUGUCUACCACUAGGAGCCAGCAUAAGUUUGUUGGUUAUGUUCUUCUUUUUUGACUCAAUGCAAAUGUUGUUUGCUAUAUGCACAGCCAUAAUUGCUACAGUGGCUCUGGCAUUUUUGCUGCUACCAAUGUGCCAAUAUAUAAUUAGACCAUGUUCAGACGGUAACAAAAUAUCAUUUGGUGUGUGCGGGAGAUUCACAGCUGCUGAGUUAUUGUCGUUUAGCCUAUCAGUAUUUAUCGUUUGUAUAUGGGUUUUGACAGGCCAUUGGUUGCUCAUGGACGCCAUGGGUAUGGGGCUAUGUGUAGCUUUUAUAGCCUUCGUAAGACUACCAAGUUUAAAAGUAUCGACAUUAUUAUUAACUGGUUUACUAAUCUAUGAUGUUUUCUGGGUAUUUUUUUCGUCAUAUAUUUUCAGCACAAACGUUAUGGUCAAGGUUGCGACAAGACCAGCUGAAAAUCCGGUUGGCUUGGUUGCAAGGAAAUUACAUAUAGGCGGGGUUGCCAAAGAGGCCCCUAAACUAAGUUUACCUGGGAAGUUGGUUUUUCCCAGUAUCCAUAACUCUGGACAUUUCAGCAUGUUGGGCCUGGGAGAUAUAGUAAUGCCUGGUUUAUUACUGUGUUUCGUUCUACGAUACGACGCCUACAAAAAAUCCCAAGGACUCAGCGGCUCAAGGUUAACAUACUUCCACUGCUCUCUUUUAGGUUACUUUUUGGGUUUACUCACGGCUACUGUCAGUUCGGAGGUUUUCAAAGCAGCUCAGCCAGCUCUUCUAUAUUUAGUACCGUUUACACUGUUGCCGUUACUCACCAUGGCGUAUUUAAAGGGCGAUCUCAGAAGAAUGUGGUCCGAACCGUUUAAAUCUCUGGCAGUUUCCAAACACCUCCAGGAUGUGUGAUAUAACAAAGCAACUAACGUUACAAAAAAUAAGUUAAAAAUACUACAAUUUUUUAGGUAAUAAUAAAUUGAGAACUGAAAUGUCGUGCAAAACUUUUUCAUUUUACGAAUAAAAAAAAUAGAGCUCUAAGUUUGAAGGUGUGUAAUUUUUUAUGUGUUUUUUUUAAUGUGGUGGUAUGAAAUCUCAAUAUUUGGCUUUAAAUUGAUAGUAAAACCAAAAAUUAAUAUUAAUA